AGGGGGCAGACAAUUUUAGCAGAGACGAGGAGAAAGAAGUGUGCACAUUUUCAUUAAGACACUUUGGCAAACAACUGAGCUCCAUGGCUUCCUGCAGGAACCUUCCUCUCUUCGUGAUCUGUCUGCUUCUCAUCAGAGGUUCUGCUCCUCUGCCAACAAUGACAGACGAGAAUCAAUUUAAGGACCUUCCCCCACCAGAUUACUAUGAUAAUGAUGAAAUCUCCACUACGGCACCUCCUAAAGCUGUCCCUGCAUCACCUAAAACGCUUCAGAAAUGUGACUAUAACCCUUGCCUGGACGGUCAGCUCCCCUGCGAUUAUCUAUCGGCCACUACUGGAUGUUUAUGUCAAGGGGUCACUCUGUUUAACGUGGCCCCGCUGGCCCCUGACCUAAAGUCAGUCUCCUGGAACGGCUCCGAGGUGGUCAUCAGGUGGUGUGCACCUUAUUCAUAUGUCACAGCGUAUAUCGUGACGGUCGGGGGAGAACACAAGCAGGAGUUUGGGAAGGACCAGAGAAGCGGUGGGUUGGGCGACUUGGAAAACGUCGCAAAGGUGUGUGUGGUCGCCAUGAAUGACGCAGGACCCAGCAAGGAGUCCUGCAUGAUGUACCAACCCGAGGACACCAGUCUACCUCUAAAAGCAGGACUCAUAGGAGGAGCUCUAGGAUUCCUGCUGCUCCUCCUAUUGGCUGUGCUGCUCUUGAGGCACAGGAGGCAGAGGAAACAGGAGGCCGGCAUCUCCAUGCACAAUACGGCAGAGACAACGCAGUGAAUGAAAAACAGAGCAGGGCCGGACGCCUUAAGAUAAAUCUGUCCUGUGAGACUCUUCAGAUGGUUAUAGAUAAUAAACUGAGACUGCAUUUUAAAGUCAGAGGGUUUCUGAAUAUGCAGCAGGAAGCAGAGGUCAUCAUGCCCCAGGAAUAUAAAUACAAACCUAUAUGACGGGCAAUGUUAUAGCUUAAUUCUUGUUUUAUUUUGAAAACCUCCUAAGAAGUGUUAAAAUGAAUUUCCCACAAGAUUAAGAAAGCAGCUGCAGGACAUUUUUUAAAAUUAUUUAUGUGUUAUGUGCUAUGAAAAUUAAACCCCAAGGACAAACAGUAAGCAAACAAGAAUUUCACAAGAGAUACAAUGGAAUUUGAUUGCUUUCUUAGCAUUUAAAAUAAGAGUUUUAAUGUUGCCUGUGAUGAAAUAUAAGGUUAUAGGGCUUCAAGUAACAGCCUGGCAUGCUGUCAGUGCUGAACAGCUGUUUAUUGCCAAGUAGAUCAACAGUGAUUGGAUGAAACAUCACAUACAGUCUCAUCUACCAGUACAAAUCUCAGCUCUCAUUUACUCAGAAACCUGUCGGUUGCACUUGCUUUUAAUGCUUGUGAGGAGAUUUUAGAUAGUUACGACAUAAAUCAAAAGUUUGACUGAUGUGUCUAAAUGUCCUUUAAAAGCAGUGAAACCAUCAGGAACAAAACUGUUUAUUUCUAUCGUUAUUUUCAGCCAGUUUCUGCUGAUGUCAUACAGGCCGGUUACCAGACUGAUUGUUUACAUCUCUUACAGCAGAGACUCCCAGUAGGUAAAAAAAAAAAAGUUAGACUUUUAAAAUAAUGAAUUUAGUUUUUGGUUACAGAAUGAUUCACAUCGGACAAAACCAACGAAGAGAUUAAACAUAUGGCAAGAUAAAGCUGAAAUGAAAGUUGCACACAGAAGCUUAAAAUAGUUUGAUUCUAAAAAAGCAUGAAGCAUUAUUUGGUGAACGUCUCCCUUCACGCCCUUUCCCAAUAUUUCCUGUCUCUCGUCAGCAUUCCCAUCUAAUAAAGGCAAAAAAAAAAGUCCUGAAAAUAAUCUUAAAAAACAAACAAACAAAGAAACAAAGGUUAGUCCAAGACAGUCUGGCUGAAGACCGUAGAUCUCAGCCCUUGCAAACCACUACAGUGAGAUGCCACCUCUGUCAGAGCAGAAAAACACGUGAAAACUUUCAAAAUAAAAUCUGAUUAAACUUACGGUUAGGGCUAGGCUUCCAAAAGUUAAAAAUCCAACCUGAAAAAUCUGAUGACAAAACAUUUGAAUAAGUUUGUCCACGACAACACUCUAAAGCAGCUAACGCUAAAGCUAACAAAGCUAUGCAAGCUACGUAGGCAACGUAGCAAACAAAGCUACUCUAAAGCUAACCAAGCUAUGUUAGCUAUGUAAGCUACCACGGCUAAAUAGCUUUUCUAACUAAUGUAGCUAAAGCUGAAGCAAACGAGGUUACAUUAGAUUAUGCUAUUUGGUAAAGCUAGGCCUGUUUAUGAAGUAGUUAUGUGAACGAUGGCUCAUUUAGCUUCAUUAACCUUUGCUAAAGCUAACGUAGGUACAUUGGCUAUUGAGUACCAUUUAUGACAUAGCUAGAGUAGUUUUGUUUGCUUGAGCUGUAGGAAACGAAGCUAAAGUGAGCCACCAUUUGUGUGACUAAUUCUAAAAUGGGUCAUGACAUUUAAAACAGAGGUGGUGUUCCAAAAGUUUUUUCAAACCUAAAGCGCUGUGAGCACUGCAACAAAAAACAGCUGACACCCAAGAUACUGAAAACACUGAACUGCAUUAGUUUUGCAGAGAGAACAGGCCCUGCCAACACAAAAGAUGACGUGGACACAACCCUUUAAUCCCUGAGUUGUUCAAAGGUACUGAAAGGAGUUUUUAGCUGGUUAUGAAACUGACUAAAAUGAAUAUUUAUGCCUCUUUAUGAGCAACAAAAGUAAGCCUGACUGUCAACAUCAUGACUAACUGCUUCUAAAGCUUGAAUCAACUACUGCGGGGUAGGUGUCAAAGGAAGUGGUUAAAGAAACGACUUGUUAGCACACUUUCCAUGUGGAAAAAUGUUGGUUAGUGUUUGACAGUUUAAGGAAAAGCGAGCGGCCUGGGUUCCAAUCUAACCUGCUGUUCCUUUUACACAUAUUCCCAUUUUCUCAGCCUAAAUUGCUGAGAAAAAGGAAAAAAGGUGCUUGAAGGAAGGCGCUCUCACUGAUCUAAAUCAGGAAAUACAGAUAAUGAAUAUUAAAGAAUAUUCUUUAAAGAUUUGUUGUGACAAAUGCUGACAGGCUUGAAUGGUUUUAUUUGUGGUCAGUCAGCAUGAGUUAAUAAAUUAAACAUUGUGUACACAGAAAAGAUUCAUGUUUUAGUUUGAAACUCUCUGUGAGAGUCUUUGUUUGUAUUUCAAGUGACUGGAUGUUUGUUUUUAACUUAAUUUAUUUGUUUUUGGGGUUUUUUUGCCACAAAGCUUGUACAUGUUAAGCGUUUUUAGACAGAAUAAGAGGCUGUUUUAACUGUAUAUUAAUGCUUUGACUAUUUAAUACUGGUGACUGUCAUCAUUUUGAAAGUUGUUUUCACACCCAUGUGCCACUACGUGUAUUUAUUGAACAGCUUGUUCCAUCUGUCAUGUGUUGGACAUUGUCUCAGUGUGCUGAAUGAGCUCAAGUGUUCACUGCUGUUUUUCCAGCUGUCAUACAGCAGCGUCUCCAGCGGAUAUAGAUUUUUUUUUAAAGGCUUGUCUCUUUCCAGCUGAGACUUCCAGUCAACCAUCGCUGCGCUGCUGAGAGGCUUCAGGCUCCUUUUCUUUCUGCCAUGAUGCGAAAGAAAAAAAGGUCCAAUAUUUAAAUCCUCACAGUUUAUCUCAUGUUCAAGCCUCCAUCUGCGUGUCUCGCAGCGAUGAUAUAAUUCCUUUUUGCUCUGGAUCCCAACAAUCGCUUGUUCCUCUGCUUCUGGCGCUUUUCUUGUUGGACUGCACAUGUAACAUGGCACAGAGCUGUACAGAAGUCCGUCUGAUACAGAGACGCCGUAGAUUGUUUAUUUCAGUCUCUGAAUUGGCCUGAAGACGUUACUUUAAUGGCACAUAUUCAAAGAGUGCAGUCACUGUUAAAGUAGGAGUGAAAUCAUUGACACAAAUGGGCCAGAGUGAGAUUAAUUUAAAAAACAUGUGCAGACAGCAUUGUUUUUUAAAUCGUCCAAGAUGUUUGAGAGAUUGCUGAGUAGAAUUAACAAGAAUUACAACCAGAGCGUUGUUGUUCUGUUGAUGGUAACGAGCAAAACAAAAUGUUCUCACUGAUGAAUAAAUAUACGGGCUAGCUUAUUUUUGAAUGAUCUGUUUGCUUUUCUGAUAAAUAAGCUAUUUUCACAACUUGGAUGUUUCUGAAUGAUGAUAAUGAAAUUAAAAUCUGUUACACAAAGACAAAAAAGUUCUUCUUGUGCACUCUGUGUCCAGUCAUA